CGAUAGCUGAUGUUGCACACUAACCACUAAGACCCCCUUUUCUCUCUCUCUCUCUCUCUCUCUCUCUCUGAGAUUUUGAGAGAGUCUCCUCUCUCUCUCUCUCUCCCUCUCGCUCCUCAUGAUCCGAUUUUUUAUAUUUAUUUUUAUGUGAUAAUUACAGAUACACGUUAAAUUUGUGUGUAUAUCUAUAUCGAUAUUGAUGGAGACAAUAACCCAUUGGAAUCUGACCAUGGAUCUCAAUUCUUCUUGAGAUAUUUUCUUCUCUUUUUUAUUUUUCUUCGUCUCCCAGAUCUGUUCGUCAACCUGACCAUUGGAAAGCUUCAAGCUUUUUUUUCUGGGGACGGGCCAUAGAAUAAAAGAAGUUAGACCAGAGAAAAGGCGCAAUGUAUUUCUUCGGUUUGUCCAAGGAAGAAGUGUUGUCACAGAAACAUGUUGUAUCAUAUAAAGAGACUUCUAAGCAGAAUCCAAUCAAUAUGGUCACACUUUUUGGGAGACAGGUGUAUCAGGUGAAAAGCGAGAGCUCCAAGCCCGGUGAUGGUUAUACGAGGAUAAACUCUCCUACGCUGAUGAUGAAAGACAUCGAUCUUCGGCUUCCUGCAGAUCACUACGGUUAUAAGAACUUUCAUGAGACAUUUGAUUCUGGGAGAUUUUACGGCAUUGGUGGUUCUGGAAACACAGCGUAUCAUUCAGCGUUUGAAGCUAAUAAGGAGAGAGAAGCAUUAGCGACAAAUUGGAGUGGCAAGAGAAACCCAAGAAUUGUCAUUGAUCUUGAGGAACUUCCCACAACAGAGCAUGCAGACUCUGUUAGCUAUGUUACUUUGAGAAACCCUGAGACAGCUGAUCGAAUCAGCUCAGAGGUAGUGAAGGCGGAUCAGUCUUUCGUUGAGGAUGAUAGUAGUGAUAGAACAACGAAUAUGGAGUCAGGUUUACUGGAUCUUAAUAGCACUCCGGAUGAAGAGUUGGUCUCUGAGCCUCAUUACUGUUUCUUGCAAGAUCUGAACUGUCCGUACAUCGAAGAGACGGAAACGAGCUGCGAGAAGAGCGGAAUAGAUGAUGAUCCUACGCCGCUUCACUCUCCUAAAUGCCAAAACGUUCACGACAAAGACGGUACGGCGUCCCCAGCUUCGUAUGCUUCUUGCUGCACCACGGAGAGGACCGAGUCGAGAAGAGGUUCCUCUCCUCGAGCACUGGAUCCUUCUUGCCGUACCAGGCUUGAGUUUCCUGCCACGGAAGAAGAAGAAGUCUUGCCUGAGAACAACGGAUGUUGUAACGAAGAGGAAGAAGACUUCUCUGAAGUCAUCCAAAUGGCAGCUGAAUCAUUAGUCCAUAUAUCAUCGGUUUCAUAUCAAAUUCAAGAAUUGCAGUCAAAGCCUGUGUCGAGAACCAAUAGCUCAUCUCAAGACUUUCCAGAUAAACACGAGGAGGUUGGUAACGCUGAACCGAGAUGUUAUUCAUGUGAUUCUUAUGAGCUACACACGCUAGGAAUAAACGAAACCAACACCGAAGAAUACUUGUGUGUGUCAUCAAUGGCUCUGGAUGAGCUUAAUAACAUCACAAGAGGUAACAACAAAGAGAUUGGACUCAAGCUGAGAAGAGGGAGGAGAAUGAAGAACUUCCAGAAAGAGAUACUCCCGUGCUUGACCUCACUCUCUAGGCACGAGAUCCGGGAAGACAUUAACAUCUUGGAAGCGGUUCUGAGAUCAAGAGAGUACAAGAAGAUGCAGGGGAAGACGAAAGAUGUCAAAUUCGGAGCAAACCCGAGAAACAAACGUUCAGCGUCACAGAGGUAUGUUGGUAAAAGAAGGCGAAACAAUGAAUGAUUUCGAUAUCUUCAUUGGGUUUCGGAUUCUUUCAAACAAUUGCUUCAUCAUGUAACAUUUCUUAUGUUGUUCAAUUCUUUUUUUUUUUGGUUUUUAACUUAUGACAUUGAUCAUGGUAUGAGGAAAAAAAUUAGUGAGCCGAUGACAUUGAAUCUCUCAUUCUCUCAAAAUGUCACUUAAGUUUGUGAAUCAACG